AUGCGCCGACCUGUGCUCCUGUUCCUCAUCCUCAACCUGGCCAUCGUCGCCUUCCUCAUACACUCGGUCUGGACGUUAUUAUCGCUCCUCGUCGUCGACGGCUCGGAAGAUGCAAUCUCUCGUGCAGAGCUGCCUGCUCCUGGCUCGGAUCUGAUCGAUGGUCGCACCCAAUUGAUCCCCAAGAUCAUCCACCAAACAUACAUCAACGAAAGCAUUCCCGAAGUCUGGCAAGAGCCACAAAAGAGCUGUAUCGAGCUGCACAAGGAUUGGGAAUACAAACUCUGGACCGAUGCUUCGGCCCGCGACUUCAUUGAAGCAGAGUACCCUUGGUUCCUCGAGACGUUCGAAAACUACGAAUACCCCAUCCAGCGUGCCGAUUCGAUCCGCUACUUUGUCCUCGCCCACUUCGGUGGUGUCUACAUCGACUUGGACGAUGGCUGCAACCGUCGUCUGGAUCCUCUUCUCUCCUACCCAGCUUGGCUGCGUCGUACCCUUCCUACUGGUAUCUCCAACGAUGCAAUGGGCUCGGUUCCUCGUCACCCUUUCUUCCUCCGUGUCAUUGACGAGCUGCCUCGUUACAACCGCAAAUGGGUCCUGCCUUACAUCACCGUCAUGGCCUCGACUGGCCCUCUCUUCUUGAGCAUCAUCUGGCGUCACUGGAGCUCUGAAGGUCUCAACGUCGGCGAUGGUCUUGAUGGUGGCAGAGUUCGUAUUUUGUUCCCCGACGAGUACAACUACCACCCCUGGAGUUUCUUCACCCACCACCUCGGCAACUCGUGGCAUAGCAGCGACGUCAAGCUCAUUUUCUGGAUGUUGAAACAUUGGGUCAUGCUGACCGUCGUCGGCUUCCUGACAGCUGGUGUCGUCUUCGGAAUUUCUUACUACCUCUACAGCCGCUUCUUCGUCUCCCAUAGACCUUGGGUCAGAUCUGUCCGCAAGCGUUUCCCUCUGGGUCUCUUCAGACGCCUCAGCAGUGGCAACGUUACAUCAAAGCGACGACAAUCUUACGAAUUGGUACGACGUGACGAAGAAGACGCCAUGUAA